CCAUACUAUUGUCUGCCAAGUUUAUGUGAGAUUUGCCAAGCUAGCUGACAACAUUUGAAUGAAUGAAGUAGUUUAGACCUCUGGGGAUUAGCCAUUUUGAAAUGCAGGUGAUAGAUCAUGUGUUUGUAUGUUGCCCUACAUCAAACAACAAGAAGAACAACAAAAAAACCCCUUCUCUGCAUUGGAGAAAAUGGUGGUGGUGAUGGUGCUACUUAAACCAUUUUCCUAUUUCUUCAGCAUCAAGAAGACUUGAAUUAUUACAAGUGGAGAUAUACAUAGAAUAGUUUCUUUGAAUACAAGUUAAAUCAACUGGAAAGAACUGGAAGGGAGCACAAAGAAUUCUACACUUUUCAUGGGAAUGUUUUUAUAAAUAGUUUGUGUUGUGUGUGCUUAGCUACCUUUACAGAUGAGCAAAAACAUUCAACAAACUUCUCUUGGAGGAGCAGUCUGCUGUCAAACGUUUGCAAGCAAACAAGUGGAAAACCAUUGAAGUGACCUUAUUUCCACCAUAAAAGGCCUCCCUCUGCCAUUCAUGUUGAUAUCAACAAAGGAAAUAUGCCUACUCAACCUCUCUUAGCAUAUAUGGAUGGGCCAGAUGGAAUAGCCAGUACUGUUGGUUCACGUAUGGAAAACAAUGAUGCCACUAUGCCAAUAAAAGGGGCUAACACAAUCUCAUACAAGAACUUGCAAGACAAGUUCUUAAUGCAAGGAGAAGGGUGUAUGCCUUUAGAUUGCAUGUUUUGUGAUCAGACUUUCAAACAUCCAGAAGAUCUUGGUAAGCAUGUCUUAACACAGCACAGGCCAACACUUUGUGAACCAGCUGUUCUGCGUGUAGAAGCAGAAUACUUAAGCCAUGUUGAUAAAGGACAAGUGAAGGUGGAUUUGCCAUCCUCAAAUAUCAGUGAAAAGGAUAGCCAAGAUUGCAGCUGUGUGGUUUGUGGACAAACAUUUGACGCAGGUUUUGAUGUUGAGGCUCACAUAAGGAAGCAUAAGGACUCUUUUACUUACUGGUGCAGUGUGUGUGGAAGGAGAUUUAAGGAGCCUUGGUUCCUCAAAAAUCAUAUGAGAACACACACUGGUAAGCCUGGAUCUAGAAGCAAGACCCCCCAAGGAUCUGAGAGCCCCAUAACAAUAAAUGAAGUGGUGCAGGAUCAAAUAACAGAGAGCAUUACAUCACCUUACAAAAUCUGCAUGGUUUGUGGCUUCCUAUUUCAGAAUAAGGAAAGUUUAAUUGAGCACAGUAAAGUACAUACCAAAGAUUCAGUAGCCAGUGCUGAUGGCACCCAAAACAAUGAAUGUGGCAAAGGAAAUAAAUCACCCAGGGAAGAGUUUUUGCAGUUUCUAAACUUAAAACCAUGUUUGCCUCCUGGCAGCAACAAACAAGAAAAGCCUGUGAAAUGGAUAGCAGAAUUAGAUCCAUUUAGUACAUACCAGGCAUGGCAACUGGCUACCAAAGGUAAAAUUGCUGUUGGCCAUGGACAAAUAAAAGAACCAGGGCAAGAGGGAAGUACAGACAAUGAUGACUCAUCUUCUGAUAAGGAAGAGCUUGGGGAAAUUUGGAAAGCAAGCAAAGUGACUCAGACUGAAAGCACAGGAAAGACCAAGGCAAGCAGAAGUGGAAAUUAUACAGGGAUUGGUAGUGUGCCACAAGACAAAUUCAAAUAUCCCUGCCGUGAAGUGCCUUCUAUGGAGAUAGACUCUAAAUUGUCCCAGAACAAAGAUAAGCCCACACAUUGUUCAGAGUGUGGCAAAGCCUUUCGAACAUACCACCAGCUAGUCCUUCACUCAAGAGUACACAAGAGAGACCGAAAGAAUAACCUAGAAUCCAGUUCUGUUGAAGGAAAGCAGGCAAGAGCAAAUAUUCCAGACAGCGUGACUCUGGAUGAGAAUGGAGCAGGUGAACAAGUGGAGGGAGUCUCUGAAGAUGGAUCCGAGGAUGGUUCAGAGGCUUUAGAUAAAAAUGAAGAUGGCAUGGAAAGGGCAAAAGUUAAAAACCUUGGUGCUUCAAGAGAAUGCAGCUAUUGUGGAAAGUAUUUCCGUUCAAACUAUUACCUCAAUAUUCAUCUCAGAACUCACACAGGUGAAAAACCAUACAAAUGUGAAUUUUGUGAAUAUGCAGCAGCCCAGAAAACAUCUUUGCGGUAUCACUUGGAGAGGCAUCACAAGGAUAAACAUACAGACGCUGUAGCAGAAGUGAGAAGUGAUAGUAAAAGCUUGUUAUCUUCUCAGGAGAUGGGUAUCAUGCCAGGCAACAGGCGUGGUCCAGAAGCCAAAAAUCUGAAAAGGUUCCUAGAAAAUGCCAAAGAAGGCCCACCAGUAAAAAUGCAAAAAGAAACUCUCUCCUCCUUUCAAAAUGCACCGAAAAGUAUAACUCAGGAUGCAAACAAAGGUACAGACAGUGAUGGUUCAAAUGCAAGUGCAACAGUUAAGUUGGAAAAAAAUGCAAUGGAACUUCAGACAAGCAAUAUUGUUAAUAGGACUGAGAAAAGAAAUUCUGUAUCAUCAGAAAGUGUGCUUAAUACCAGUGCUUUAAAAGGCAAAGUAAAUAUGAAUUUUCUAAGUGAUAUCACUGAAAACUCAAAAAGUAUCCUGAUAGUACAGGAAAAACCCUUAAAUUUAUCUACAGGCUCUUCUCAGGAUGCUCUAGUAACCUCUGUUUCCCGAGGCUCCUUAGCAACCAGUACCUGCCCUUUUUGUACUUACCGGACAUUAUAUCCAGAGGUUCUGAUAAUGCACCGACGACUGAUGCAUAAAUCGCCCAGUAACCCCAAUGCUAUUAAUAAAAAUAGUUUCAGAAAUAGGACCAUUUUUAAAGGCAGGCGUACUGGAUGUCCACCCUGUCUUUUGGGCAAGGAUGUGGCGCCACUGCCUCUGAACUCUGGGAAAACUAAGGCUUCUCAGCUUAUUCAUUCAAAAACCCCACAUGUGGAAAAGGUUAAACAGUGUCUUGUUUUACAGAGCAAAGCACCCAUUCUUACAGGGCUAAAUUCCAGCAGCACAGCACCAAAUAACUUGAAAUCAUGCAAACCACAGAUGUUUGGAGGCCACAUGAAUAGCUCCAGACAACAGCAUGAAAUGCAUCUUACUCCUAGUACUACUUCAGUACAAGAGAGAGGAAAAAGGUUGGAUUCUAAAGCAAGAUUUUUGGCUUCUCAGUUAGGUGUAGUGAGUAGCAACAUCAGUGGCUCUCUUGAGACUCCGUUGAAUGAAGCUGCUUGGACAAGCAACCGAGGAAUAGAAUUUCCCUGUAACAGACCUGCUGGGAAUGUAAACUUGGAAUUUGAUGGACAGACUCCCAAAAUAAUGAGGCCUAAUCUCUUGGCUUUGGACCAGAUUGACUCUACUCUCUGUCGGAGAGGGAAUGAUGCUGUCAGAUUACCUCUUGCAGGCAGAUAUGAAGGUCUGCUACCUGAAGAAUGUUCACACACCAAACCUACCACUCCUUUUCUGCCAGCCAAACAAGGGUUCAGGAGCUCUGAAGUAGAUGCUAUAAAUCCAGUGACUAUUCUAAAGCCAUAUGAAACCUUUGGUCCUGGGCCACUUUACAGUUCCAGUGGAUCAAGCAGCAGCCAGAUCCCAAGCUCUUCAAAAGAAGGAAAAAGGCCAGUGUCAUACCAGCACCUGUCUAGCACCAUACUGCAAAAGCGAAGUUACGAGAACUUUAUUGGCAAUGCAAACAAUCGGCUGAAUAAUAAGCGAACAUGAUUAGCUGCAAUAAACGGAAUGAGGAUACACAUUUUGAAUUCCCUUGCAGUUCAUCUCUUGAGAAUAAUGGAUGAUGAAAGCUAAACUAAGCUGUGAUUGUCUGUGUAUAGAGGAAAAACCCCACACACUACAGUUCCAUAAUGGAAGUUCUGAUUGUGUUCAUAUAAUGUGGACACAGCCAUCAUUGUCCAAAACUGGGUUACAAAGAACUAGCAGAAAUGUUCAUCAGUUCCUGAUCUGGAGUAAAUUUUUUUUAGAAUUAUGAUAGACCAAAUAUUCAACAUAAAAAAAUAUAUUUUGCAUACUGUAGUGCUGCUGAAAAGAUAUCUUAUUUCUGAAGAUGUGUGUGUAACCUUUGCACCUCAGGUAAAUUUGUGCAUUGGAGGACUUUUGUAUAAGGGUAAUUCUUUGUUAAAUUCUGCUUUGUGCUUUAAACUAUGUAAAAAUUUUUAAAAAUUAGUUUCCAAAUGACGUGUGUACAUUUAUAUUCAUCUUCACAAUAUUCACAAUUUUAAAUAUUCUCAGAAUAAGACAGGAAUGUGGAAACCAAACAAGACCACAGUCUGUUCAAAUAAAUCAUAUGUGUCUUCAAAUUGAUGCCCAUUUUUGACUAUCCUUUGGGAGAGUGACAUUCACUGACUGAACUCUCUAUUAAGAGAGAACAAGAUUUUUUAUAGCCCUAUAAUGCAGGUUCAAGAUUUCUAACAAUGUCUUUUGGCUUCAAAGUAUUGCUGGAGUGAGUUGCAGUGUUUACAUCUUUUUCUAAAUACUCCCAUUUUCUCCUGUAUCCAUCUCUCUCUCUCUCUCUCUCUCUCUCUCUCUCUCUCUCUCUCUCUCAAAUGUUUUGCACAUAUGCCCAAAGCACACAAAAAAGCAUUCCAUUUAAAGUGAUGCAACUCACCAUUACACCAAAUAGAAAUAAUAUUUUUAUUUGCAGAUGGGGUAGCUCUUGUAAAGUGUAGUCUGGGAGCUGUUUUCUUCCUAGAAGCCAAAUUGCCUACAUGAUGAUCUGGCAAAUCCCUUGCUUUCACCCUACCCGUCAUUUGGCCCUUCUCUCUUCCAGAUGCCCAUUUGCACUUCCUCCAGGCAAGGAGAGGUCCAGGGCUUCAUGCUUCUCCCUACAUGGCAAGGGCCCCUUUGCACAUCCCUUGCUGUAGGUUGUAAGGUGAAGACAUGCAAAGGGAAUUCCACCCACCUGUGUCACCUUCACAGUUUGGAGCGUGAGCAGGAAAGGAGAGGAAUAAGUGACGAGAUAACAACAGGAUUCCCUCAGAUACUGCUUGUCUGCUGAACUGUCAGUAUCUUUCCCCUUCCACUCCAAAUCAGGAUACAAUGUUGGAUGUAUUCAGAUAUAUACGUUUGGUAGGAGGUUCUGUGUCCACCUAUAGAGACAUCCAACAACCAGCCCUCUUCAGGGCUACAUUUUUGAGCCACUUGUUGACAUUUCCACUUUGAAAUCAUGGCCUGCCCAGUGCUAUUUUUGUCAAAACCACCAAGGGGUUGUGGCUAUGUUCUAGAAGGAUUCCCUCCCACACAUGUAUCCUGUGUGUAAAGUCCAGCUACAAGUUAGUGUGAUAUGUUUGUCAAAGAAAAGUUGUUUUGGGGAUUUAAAUCAUUUUUCCACUGUGUGUGAUAGAAUAUUGAAUAAGAUACUGAGGCUUUCUCUUACAAGCCAAGGAGUUAUUCCUAGUGAUGGUAGAUAUUCCAAACAUCUUGUUAAACAGCUCUUUUAAAAAAUUUAAUUUGAGAUUAACAUGCAGUUGUUUCCAGGACAAAAAUGGUUUCCAAAAUAUUUUUUGCACUGUUGAAUGUGUUUAUCAGAUAUAUAUAUAUAAAAAAACCAUAAACAUUCCCUGUGCUUUGAUAUGCAAAUUGAAUAUGUUUUAAGUAAUUUUUGUUACUUCCUUUGUAUUAAGGAAUAUGUAAUUUUGAUGUCUCUGUAAAACUGGCAAUGUAAUGAAGUGCUGUGUAUCAGGAAAUUGUACAAUUUAUUGUUUUCCUGUUCAUAAGCUGAGCCAUAUGUACAUAAAAUCUAGAUUUGUUCUCCUAGUUUUGCACUUUUAUAGCAUAUUUUUUGAAGAUGAAUACGCUUGGAAGAUAUUUAAUCUAUUUUUCCGGAUUCUUCAAUGAGUCUUAUAGGAUACGUGCUAUAACUCAUCUGUGUCUUUCUCUUGUGAGUGCUCCUGUUUUUUUCCUUUAAGUAACUGAUUGUAAGGCAGUAGGAAAGACCAGAGCUAUAUUCAAUAAGUUACUCAAAGAGUCCCUUAUAUUGUGGAAAUGCAGUCAUCUCUCUGAGGCUUCCAGGUUUUCCCUUUCCAAAUAUAAUUUGGGAAUGCCUUUUACUACUUUUUGUAGUAUAGGAUCCAUUACAGCAUAAGCAUCUUCUUGCCUCAUAUAGGUAAUAUUGAAAGCACUGGAUCACACAUUUGCACCUGCCUAUGCCAGUGCCAGUGGAGAGGGUGGAACACUUGCAGGAACAGGAGCCAUGGUGUUGGCUGUUGCCAUGUGGCCCAGGUUUUCUGAUGUUAUCUUGUAGCACAUGAUGAAGAAACCCCCCCACAUUGUGAAAGUAACAUGGGCACAGUUAACCAUCUAUGUCUGCAUGGAAGUGCAAUGCAAGUCCUGUCGUAAUGGACAAGAUUUUGCGCAACUGUGCUUUAUAGAUUGCAUUCCUGGUCUCUGAAGUAGGUUUUGCCCAUCAGUAUUAACUAUGGGAUACUACUGUGUUUGUUUUCUUGUUGCCAAUAGCUGCAAAUAUACUGAUACAAAUUGUUCAUAUGUUGUAUUUAUUUUCUUCCACCUUGAUUUAUUUUAAUUGUGAAACUCUUAAGAUCUUGAACUGUAGACACAUACAAGUCCUUUUAAUUUAUGAUGUGUUUUCAAUUUAGCAGAAUAUGUUACUAUAUGUGGAUGUAAAUACAGACUGUGUGGGUUUUUUUUUGCAAAUA